UACACCAAGAGGAACACUUUUUUAUUCAUCUGCAAGCCUGAAAACAGUAUUACAAUGCGUGCUGGAAACAUGUCAGCAUAUGAGGCCCCGGGACCCUAUGAUGGCCCCCAAUGGCCUCAUCUAGCCCCUCGCAGUACAUUCUUGACAGUUGCUGCAGUUAUGUGCAUGGUAGUGAUCUUAGCUUUCUUUGUUAAUGGUCUGGUGAUAGUCGUAACCCUUAAGUACAAGAAGCUAAGAUCCCCUUUGAACUAUAUUUUGGUGAACUUGGCAAUAGCAAACUUGCUGGUCACAAUUUUUGGCAGCUCUGUGAGUUUUUCCAACAAUGUUGUGGGUUAUUUUUUUAUGGGCAAGACAAUGUGUGAAUUUGAAGGCUUCAUGGUUUCCUUAACAGGUAUUGUAGGACUCUGGUCACUGGCCAUCUUAGCAUUUGAAAGGUAUCUCGUGAUCUGCAAACCAAUGGGAGAUUUCCGUUUCCAGCAGAAGCAUGCAAUCUUAGGGUGUUCUUUUACAUGGGUCUGGUCUUUUAUAUGGACUUCUCCACCUCUUUUUGGAUGGUGCAGCUAUGUUCCAGAAGGUUUGAGGACAUCUUGUGGGCCCAAUUGGUACACAGGAGGUACCAAUAACAACAGUUAUAUUAUGGCACUGUUUCUUACUUGCUUUAUUAUGCCCCUGAGUACAAUCAUUUUCUCAUAUUCCAACCUCUUAAUGGCACUAAGAGCUGUUGCUGCACAGCAAAAAGAUUCAGAGACUACCCAGAGAGCUGAGAAAGAAGUGACAAGAAUGGUGAUUGCGAUGGUGCUGGCCUUUCUUAUCUGCUGGUUACCUUAUGCCUCGUUCGCUGUUGUGGUAGCAGUCAAUAAGGACGUUGUUAUUGAGCCAACAGUAGCAUCACUGCCUUCAUACUUCUCAAAAACGGCCACUGUUUACAAUCCCAUUAUCUAUGUGUUCAUGAACAAGCAGUUCAGGAACUGCUUAAUGACUCUUUUAUGCUGUGGACGUAGUUUUGGAGAUGAUGAAACCAGCUCUGCAAGUGGCCGCACAGAUGUCACUUCUGUUUCAGAAGCAGGUGGAAAUAAGGUCACACCUGCAUAAUCCUUGUCAAAUACACCCAAUUCACUUCUCUUUGAAAAUAAAAAGCUUUUUUUU